AUGUUAUAUGGUCAACCAACGUCUAUCUUUUGUAUAAUAGCUACUGAGUUUUGUGAAAGAUUUUCUUUUUGUGGUUUAAGAACUAUAUUAUCAUUAUAUUUACGAAACAUUCUAUGUCUUCAUGAGAAUGCUGCUACUGUGGUGUACCAUAUAUUUAUUAUGAUGUGUUAUACCAUGCCGCUGAUGGGAGCCGUAUUGGCAGAUAAUUUUAUUGGUAGAUAUCGGGUAAUACUUUAUUUUUCUGUAAUUUAUUUUAUUGGUACAAUAUUAAUAUGCUGUUCUGCGAUCCCACCGCUUUGUCUUCCAUCAACGUCAACGUCAAUGAUUGGUUUGGCUCUCAUAGCAACUGGAACUGGUGGUAUUAAACCAUGCGUUGCGGCAUUUGGUGGCGAUCAGUUUCGCUUGCCCAAGGACACAGAAAGGUUGCAGCGUUUCUUCUCAACUUUUUACUGUACCGUUAACUUUGGAGGGUUUAUGGGUAUGGUGGUGACUCCGGCUCUUCGCAGAAGCUACAUGUGCUUUGGGGACGAUGCUUGUUACGCUCUUGGAUUUGGUUUUCCGGCUGUUUUAGUUCUCUUAUCCAUCAUUAUAUUUGUGAUGGGGAAACCAUGGUACAGAAUAAAAAAACCACGGGAUAAUAUUACCAUAAAAUUUGUUUCUUGUGCCUGGUAUGCUUUCAAAAGGCGAUUAAGAUACGAUAAAAAUAUAGAUGGUCCCCCUCAUAAACAUUGGUUGGAUUAUUCAAUCGAUAAAUAUGGAGCCAAGCUGGUUUCUGAUAUGAAGGUGGUGUUCUCUAUUUUGUAUUUGUAUCUCCCUGUGCCGAUUUAUUGGUCUUUAUUUGAUCAACAAGGUUCGCGUUGGACAUUCCAAGCUUCUAGAUUAAAAAGUGAAGUACUCGGAAUAACUCUGAUGCCUGAUCAAUUGCAAGUAAUGAAUCCUGCCAUGGUGUUACUGAUGAUCCCUGUGUGUCCCGGUGGAGCCUGGCCCUUGUUGCCAGACCUGGGGCCUUUACAUAAGAUGUUCGCUGGCGGCAUUCUGGCUGCAAUGGCCUUUGUGUGUGCUGGUAUUUUGCAAAUAAGUAUUGAGCGUUCUACACUUCAAGUACCAGGACACCAGCAGACUGGGAUAAUCAUAAUGAACACUCUCGAUUGUCCUGUUGAUAUCGCGGUCAGUGGAGAGGGUAUGGCUCGUGUUGAUAUUCACGGUACAGCGCUGAUGACACCGCUACUAAGUCGGACUUAUGGUAUUGUGGUGUCCUGUCCUCGUGAUUGUGCCGGCAGAAUAAUGAAGAAACAUAAUUUUGAAACUAAAUUAAAGACCGUUUCUGAAAUGUUUAUGCCAAUUAUCGUCGGUCAAAAUUCAGAUGAUGAAAUAUCCUUAUAUUUUAUGGAUCCCGGGCCUUAUAUAAAAUCAAUGACAGGGAAACCGAAAUUAAAGGUCGUGUAUGUUGGAGAUACAGGUCCUAAUAAGAAUGUUUCGAUAUGCGUUGAAACGGAAAAACGUUUGAAUGAUAUUUAUUACGUAUCAGACUCCCCUAUCGAUCAUAUCGGAGAGUCUGCUUACAUGUGCCUACAAACAGGAAAGUUUACUUGGCGUGUCGAUAGUACAGGGGGUGAGGUGUCGGGUGCGGGGGAGGGCUAUCUGCGGACUGGAGGUGUUUAUGUUUUAUGUCUGAGGGAGCGACUAGGCCGGUUGGAUACAGCUGUGCUCCAUGCACCAAAUCCACCUAAUGAACUACACCUGGCGUGGAUCGUUCCCCAAUACUUGCUUGUGUCGAUGGCGGAGAUCAUGUUCGCGGUUUCCGGUCUUGAGUUUUCUUUUACACAAGCUCCGAAGAGUAUGAAGACCAUUACAAUCGCAACUUGGUACAUGUCAGUGGCUAUUGGUAAUCUAAUUGUAAUUCUAGUGGCUCAAACAAAAAUUUUUGAAUCAAGGGCUACCGAAUUCUUUGUAUAUGCAGGCGUGCUAACGGGUGCUAUGUUGAUAUUCCUAUGGAUGGCACAGGGCUAUUGUUCUAGAACAAUGGAAGAAGACGGAUCCUCCACUGAGAGCCGCCCUUUAUUGCAAAAGCAUUCCAGGAUAAUAUCAAUACACUCUAUGUCUACAAGGAGUACAGCGUACAGUGCUCCUGGAAGUGGUGCAGCAUCUUGUUUGGGGCUCAUGGAGAAGACGGAGGCUGCUGCGUGGCCCUCUCAUGGCCUCAUUCACGUAGCGACACCCAGCACUAGCGACAUCAAAGCAACAACUCUUGCAAAAGAUUAA